UCGUAUUGUUCCUGUAUCUCGGGGUGAGAGUUGACUGGAACAUGUGGUUAGACAUGGCUGCGCCCUGCUGACACUGAGGACCGUGACUGUUGAACAGGGGAUGGAAAUAGUUUAGCGAUUAUUUCGUGUAUCAACAUGACAGACAACGCGAUGUUUGUGAAAGACACAGGCCAAGGCCAGACAUUAUCCAGGGCAAUGAUUAUUGAAAUGCUGAAUAAGAAGUUUGAAAGGCUCCCUGAUAUCGACAGAAAACUGUUUUCAUAUGGCCCCAUAUAUUUGGCUGGCAACGCUGGAUUUGCUGGUUUGGUCGCCAACAGCUUUUAUAGGCGUGCACUCAAUGUCACCCAAGGACGAUUUACUUCCAGCCUUCCCAUGGCUGUUCUUCCCUUUCUGACAACUGCAGCACUGUACACUGCGACCGUCACAAACCCCCUCAUGUCAGGUGACCUGAACUGCCCAACCUGUACCCUGAUGAGAGGGGCUUUGGUGGGUGUGGUUGGUGGCGGCAUAUAUCCUAUUUUGUUGGCCUUACCUGUUAAUGCUGGUCUUGCAGCCAGGUAUAACAGUGCACCGAUGCCAGAGAAGGGCAACAUGAUGCGCUUCUGGAUGAACCUGAGCAAACCCAUUGUACGGAAAAUGUAUGUUGUUUUACUGCUACAGGGUUUGUUUGGAACUUACUUAAGCUCUAAGCACUUUGAGAUCUACCUAAAAAUUCUGAAAAUACCAGAUUCUGACAGUGAAGAGCUUCAGGAUUAGCAGUUAUUGCUGAUAUUUUGCAUUCUAGAUCUUUGUUAUAAAUUAAACAUGCUCAUCCAGUGCCAUGACCCAGUCUUACCAGAUUUGUUGUUGUUUUUGAUGGCAUUUUCCCCACAAAAGAAUAAACAACUGAUCAAGAGA